AGCCGCGUGAUGGCCAGGGGCCUGGGGGCUCCCCACUGGGUGGCCAUGGGACUGCUGACCUGGGCGGCCUUGGGGCUGCUAGUGGCCGGACACGGGGGUCAUGGCGACCUGCACCAGGACCUGCACGAAGACUUCCAUGGCCACAGCCACAGGCGCUCACAAGAGGAUUUUCACCAUGGACACAGUCAUGCCCAUGGCCAUGGCCACACUCACGAGAGCAUCUGGCAUGGGCAUACCCACGGUCACGAACAUGGACAUUCACAUGAGGAUUUGCACCAUGGCCAUAGCCAUGGCCAAUCCCAUGAGACCCUCUACCACAGAGGACAUGGACAUGACCAUGAGCACAGCCAUGGAGGCUAUGGGGAGUCUGGGGCUCCAGGCAUCAAGCAGGACCUGGAUACUGUCACUCUCUGGGCCUAUGCACUGGGGGCCACAGUGCUGAUCUCCGCAGCUCCAUUUUUUGUCCUCUUCCUUAUCCCUGUGGAAUCAAACUCCCCCCGGCACCGCUCUCUGCUCCAGAUCUUGCUCAGUUUUGCUUCCGGUGGGCUCCUGGGAGAUGCCUUUCUGCACCUCAUUCCUCAUGCCCUGGAACCUCAUUCUCACCACCCUCUGGAGCAGCCUGGACAUGGACACUCCCACAGUGGCCAGGGACCCAUUCUGUCUGUGGGACUGUGGGUCCUCAGUGGAAUUGUUGCCUUUCUUGUGGUGGAGAAAUUUGUGAGACAUGUGAAAGGAGGACAUGGACACAGUCACGGACAUGGACAUGCUCAUGGUCACACACAGGGAGGUCAUGGGCAUGGAAGACAGGAGCGUUCUUCAAAGGAGAAACAGAGCUCAGAGGAAGAAGAAAAGGAAGCAGGUGGGUCUCGGAAGAGGAGAGGAGGGAGCACAGGGCUCAAAGAUGGGCCAGUGAGACCUCAGAAUUCUGAAGAGGAAAAAAAAGGUUCAGAUCUGCGUGUAUCAGGGUACCUGAAUCUAGCUGCUGACCUGGCACACAACUUCACAGAUGGUCUGGCUAUUGGUGCUUCAUUUAGAGGAGGUCGGGGGCUAGGGAUCCUGACCACAAUGACUGUUCUGCUACAUGAAGUGCCCCAUGAAGUUGGGGACUUUGCCAUCCUGGUCCAGUCUGGGUGCAGCAAAAAACAGGCGAUGCGUCUGCAACUACUGACGGCAAUAGGGGCACUGGCAGGCACAGCCUGUGCCCUCCUAACCGAAGGAGGGGCAGUGGGCAGUGAAGUUGCAAGUGGUACAGGUCCUGGCUGGGUUCUGCCAUUCACUGCAGGUGGCUUCAUCUAUGUAGCAACGGUGUCCGUGUUGCCUGAGCUGUUGAGGGAGGCAUCACCAUUGCAGUCACUUCUGGAGGUGCUGGGGCUGCUAGGGGGAGUUGUCAUGAUGGUGCUGAUUGCCCACCUCGAGUGA